AUGCUGCUCAAUGGGAGAUGGGGCUCCCCACCACAGACAGGCCUCACCAUUAGACAGAGACCCAGCAGCCAUGGCCGGGCCCGGCCUGACACGUCACUGACAGAUUCCAGGUGCAUCCUGCUCCCCGUGGUCCUGCACCAUCUGCACAUGCACCUGCGGCAGCAGAAGGACCUGGUCGCGUGCGCACGCAUCCUCAGCAACGUGUUCUGCCUCAGCAAGAAGAACAGCUCGGAGAAGUCCGUGCUGGAGGAGAUCGACGUGAUCGUGGCCAGCCUGCUGGACAUCCUGCUGCGGACCAUCCUGGAGAUCACCAGCCGCCCGCAGGCCUCCGGCCCCGCCACGCGGCUCCACUUCCAGGACGUCACCGGGGAGUUUGUUGCUUGUCUCCUGUCCCUGUUACGACAAAUGACAGACAGGCAUUAUCAACAGCUUCUUGACAGUUUCAGUACAAAGGAAGAACUGAGGGACUUCCUGCUGCAGAUAUUCACUGUGUUCCGAAUAUUGAUACGGCCCGAGAUGUUCCCCAAGGACUGGACUGUCAUGCGCCUGGUGGCUAACAACGUGAUCAUCACAACAGUUCUCUACCUGUCAGACGCACUUCGUAAGAACUUCUUAAAUGAAAACUUCGAUUAUAAGAUCUGGGAUUCCUACUUUUUCCUCGCGGUCAUUUUUAUAAACCAGCUGUGUCUGCAAUUGGAGAUGUUCACACCGUCCAAAAAGAAAAAGGUAUUAGAAAAGUAUGGCGACAUGCGGGUGACAAUGGGCUGUGAGAUCUUCAGCAUGUGGCAAAACCUGGGGGAGCACAAGCUUCAUUUCAUCCCUGCCCUGAUCGGCCCCUUCCUGGAGGUGACCUUGAUUCCACAGCCGGACCUGCGGAACGUCAUGAUUCCGAUUUUCCACGACAUGAUGGACUGGGAGCAGAGGCGGAGUGGCAACUUCAAGCAGGUGGAAGCCAAGCUCAUCGACAAACUGGAUAGCCUGAUGUCAGAAGGCAAAGGGGACGAAACCUACCGGGAGCUCUUCAACAGUAUUCUGCUGAAGAAAAUCGAGCGGGAAACAUGGAGGGAGAGUGGGGUCUCCUUGAUCGCCACGGUGACGCGCCUGAUGGAGAGGUUGUUGGAUUACAGGGACUGCAUGAAGGUGGGCGAGGUGGACGGCAAGAAGAUCGGCUGCACAGUGAGCCUUCUGAACUUUUAUAAGACGGAACUGAACAAGGAAGAGAUGUACAUCCGCUACAUCCACAAACUCUACGACCUGCACCUCAAGGCACAGAACUUCACAGAGGCCGCCUACACCCUCCUGCUGUACGACGAGCUGCUGGAGUGGUCGGACCGGCCGCUGCGCGAGUUCCUGAGCUACCCGGCGCAGACCGAGUGGCAGCGCAAGGAGCACCUGCACCUGGCCAUCAUCCAGAACUUCGACAGGGGCAAG